UUUUUUUCUCUCUCUCUUUCUCUCUUUCUCUCUUUUCUUUAUGAGUCGUUUACUUUUAUUGACAAAAAGACCGUUUUUAUUAGGUGGUUCUAAACGUUUACCUGUGACUAAUACUCGCUUUAUUUCGGUGGAAUACCAACAACAAACAGAAGACGACUUACCACAAGUAAGAAAAACCCAUGUUCUUCAUAGAAAAAGAUCGAGUGCAAGAAUGUUUAUCCUGAAUCGACCUGAGAAAUUAAAUGCAUUGAAUUUGGGUAUGGUCAGAAACAUUGGUCCUCAAUUAAAAGCCUGGGAUGUGUCUACUUUGGCCAAGGUGAUCAUGCUAAAGGGCAUAGGCAAGGGUAAAUUGAGUGUAGGCGAUGAUAUCUAUGAUAUCCUGUUAAAAGCAAAAGCAAAAGAUCCAGAUGCUUUGUAUUUCUUUCAAGACAAAUUUGGACUUGUGCAGAUGAUAGCCACAUUAAAAACACCUUAUGUUGCUAUAUUAGAUGGAUACGCAUUAGGAGGUGCUCUAGGCUUAUUUAUUCAUGGUCCAUUUAGGAUAGCUACAGAAAAGACGAUUUUUGCUGUACCAGAAGUGACUUUGGGCGCAUUUCUGAAUUCUGGAUCGAGUUUCUAUUUAUCUCGACUGGAUGGUCAAAUUGGCACAUAUUUAGCAUUGACAGGGGAUCGAUUGGAAGGCAUAGAUACUUUUUUUACAGGUAUUGCAACGCACUAUAUUCCUUCUUCAAGAUUACCAGCAUUAGAACAACGAUUGAUUGACUUGGAGACAUCAGAGCAUGAAAUUAUUCAACGCGUACUAGAGAACUUUGUAGAGCAAAAACCAGUGGAUCGCAUUGGAUUUCAGAAAGAGAUCAGGCAGUGUAUUGACAGAUGUUUUGCUUUUAAUACAGUAGAAGAGAUUGUAGGGGCAUUGGAAAAAGAAAAACAGACGUCUUGGACACGAGCGACAAAACAGAAAUUGCUCUCGACUUCACCCACAAGCUUGAAAGUGAUCUUGAAAGCAUUAAGGAGGGCUGAGACCAUGUCUCUGGUUGAAUGCCUCAAGAUGGAGUUUGACUUGAUCCAGAAAUUUCUUGUCACAAAAGACUUUUAUGAAGGCGUGGAAGCAGCGUUUGCUAAACCAAGACGAAAACCUCAAUGGCAACCCUUUCAGUUAGCAGGCAUUUCUGAUCAAGAUAUUGAACAGCUGUAUUUCUUGGAUCCUUCUCCUAACACAUUGUCCCUGCCAAUCCAACUGGAUCUUAAAAAAUACCCUUAUGCAAGAUUCGCUUUGCCGACAGAAGAGGAAGUAAGACUUGCUAUUACUGGAGAAGGUGCAGAAUUCAUAACGGAAGGUAGACUAAAAGACGAUGAAGAAAUUCUGUUUUGGUUUACCAAGGGACAUAAAGGAAAAUGGGGAGUACGCGAGAAAGUAUUGGACAUUCUUGACCGAAAAACACGUCUGACAAGUGAUCAAGGUCGUGUUUGGAUUCAAUAAUUUUUUCCCUUUUUCUUCUUCUUUUGU